CAUACAAUAAACGAAGAACGUAGCAAUUACUAGCACUUUAAUCAGUUUUGAUUUUCAAAACUGGAUGUGUAAUAAGAAGCGCAUUAUUUAUCCAACUUUAGCCUUACACUAAUGGACAAGAAGGAGUGUGAUGCUGUUGAUGAUGGAGUGUCGGAGGCAGAAAGCUGCUCUGCCUCAUGCUUGGGUGCUACCGGAGGCUCAGACUCAAAGGUGGACUCCCAGCUGGCUGGUGCCAUACGCUUAAAAAUGGAGGGGAACGUAUUUUACCGAGAGAAGAACGUGCGCAGCGCCAUUGGACGUUAUCACCGUGCCUUGCUUGUGCUUCGUGGUCUGGACUCUGAAGUGACAUCAAGUCUUAAGGGCUUUAGACCCCAGUCUCCCACCCUCACACCAGAGCAAGAGGAACUGCUCAGGAGCACGCAGAUUGACUGCUAUAACAACCUAGCAGCAUGCUUAUUGCAGCGUGAAGUUGUGGACUAUGCCCGUGUGCAGGAGUACAGUUUGAAGGUGCUACACUGGAGAGCUGGAGAUAUUAAAGCCCUGUACAGAGCAGGAGUCGCCACGCUGGAGCUGGGUGAUGCUCAGACUGCCCGACAAUACCUCCUCCAGGCCAGCAGAGGGAAACCUAAUGAUGCCAACGUGAAGAAACAGCUCCAGCGAGUGGAAGAGCGGCUCAGCAAAGACUACGAAAAGGAGAAGGCACUCUAUAAAGGCAUGUUCAAUAAACAGAAGCAGGCAGAAGAAGAGGAAGCUGCAGAGGACAACCCAAACCAGGUGUGAGAAGCUCUGAAGGUCUGUGCCAACUGAAAAAAUGAAGAAUGAAAGUGAAGAGAAGAUGGCUUGCCAAAAUGUGGGAUAUUUGUUUCCCAGGGCAUGGAAUAUAAACCCCAGUAAAGGGUACAGAUAGAGAUCUUGCCACGACUAAAUCGGAAUGAGGGCAGACUGUUAGGACUGGAAAAUUAAAAGCCUUAUUAGUCCAUUGACUGUGGUUCAUCAGAUAUCAGUUAACUGCUGUUCAGGCUUCUGUUUCCUCCUUGUACAAGUAUUUAUACCAUCAAAUGAGAGCUUGUCAUCUUUCAGCACUGUUCUAUAAUAAAUAUUUUCUGAAACUUUUUUAAAUUUAAGAUUGAACUUCUUGUUAAAAGGAUCUAAUAAAGCUCUGCAAGACUGCCAAAUGCAA